CGACGCCAUCGCCAACCUGUUCGCUGUCUGCGCCGCUGCCGAGGACGUGGAGAAGGUUCGGGCCUGCUUCGAAAGCGCGCUUGCAGCCAUGGAGAUGAAAGCUGGCGUCGAGACAACCUCGUGCAUAGAUUCCCUGGGGUCGAUGCUGCAGUCCGCCGUGGACGAGUCGCACGGCAUGCUGGAUAUCCAGAAGGAGUUCGAGCUAGUGAACGUCGCAGUGGAAGCGUCUCGGCUGAAGGGCACGUUCGACCUGGACGAGCUCCUGAAGAGGUUCCCGAGCCUUGUCGCCCUUUGCGGGUCGGCCUCGACCCCCCUGGCGACCGCGAAGCAGAAGAUGCAGACCAUCAGCGACGCCAUGGCCUGCCUCCGGACCUUGCUCAGGACGCUCGCGAACAAACCUGGCGAUGAAUCUCUCGGAGGCGACGAGCACCAGAAGCACAUGUCGAGCGUACUGGCUCGCCUCAGCAGCGUGCACAACAAGAAGUUCGGCGUCGUCAGCCACGGGAAGAUAGCCUACGACCAGAAGGUUGAGCAUAUCAAAGUACUGAUCUCCGACACCGCGGCAAACGUCAUAUCUCUGAAGGGCGCCAACCAGGAGGACACGAAGAAGCUCACCAAGCUCAUCGACAAAAACAUCGAGGCGUACCAGACGCAGGACUUGGCCAUCCAGCAGCUGGCGAUCUACUCGGACACGAAGGACCACGACGCAGCAUGCUUCAAAACGUUGGCCGAUGUUAUAUUUCCUUUCUUCAAGUUCUCGCCAAGAGCAAUCGUGCUUUGCAAAGGCUUACCUACGGACUUCAAGCCAGACAUGAAGAUGGUCUCUCGCGUGAAGGCGAUGCUGAACACGGACGUGGUGAAACCGAAGUUGGCGUGGUUCGCUGGCGGCGACAAGGCAGACGAACUCAUGGACGUGGUAAAACUCAUCUGGCCCACGCUGGACGAGCCCGCCACGAGGCACGUGGAGAGCUUGAGAAACAAGCUGGUCCUCCUCCAGGGUAAGGUGAACAACGCGCUGGCAGGUGCCGACGUCGUGGCAGACAACAAGAAGUUCCACGAUUUCUACGACAUGGCGAAGAUGGGCUCACUCAAGACGCUGCGCGGCCAGCUGAAGGCAGCGUUGGCUUCGCACGCGGAGGCAGGCUGCGACGACGUUGAGGGCUUGACCAAGACAGCGGACACAACUUUGACUGAGGCCAGGUCGCAGACGAUCAAGUGGGGCCUCGUCGUGUUCCUCCACAACCCAGAGAUCAGGUCCCUUGCGUCCCGCGGCGUGACCCUCCGGAGGGACCUCAGCAACACCUGGAACCUCAACAAGGGCACCGAGGGCAUGCAGGCGUACAUCGGCCAGGGGAUGGUCAAGGACAUCAAUGAG